CCGGGUCGGGCCAGCGGCAGCGAUCGGGAUGGAUUUGGCAGUGGCGGCGGUGGGGGGCGCGGGCGCGGCGCCGCAGCACCAGCAGAUCCGCGAUGAAGUGGCCGAGAAGUGCCAGAAGUUGUUCUUGGACUUCCUAGAGGAGUUUCAAAACAGUGAUGGGGAGGUCAAGUACUUGCGAGAUGCUGAAGAACUGAUCCGGCCAGAGCGGAACACGUUGAUCGUCAGCUUUGCGGAUUUGGAGCAGUUCAAUCAGCAGCUCUCUACCACUAUUCAGGAGGAAUUUUACAGGGUUUAUCCAUACCUGUGUCGAGCCACAAAAACUUUUGCCAGAGACCACGGGAAUGUUCCUGCAAACAAGGACUUUUAUGUUGCAUUCCAGGACCUGCCUACCAGACACAAAAUUCGAGAGCUGACUUCGGCCAAAAUUGGCUCCCUGCUGCGCAUCAGUGGGCAGGUGGUUCGUACCCACCCCGUCCAUCCAGAGCUGGUCAGCGGGACCUUCCUGUGCCUCGACUGCCAGACGGUGAUCAAAGAUGUGGAGCAGCAAUUCAAAUACACCCUGCCAAACAUCUGCAGAAACCCAGUCUGUGCCAACAGAAGGAGGUUCCUGCUGGACACAAACAAAUCCAGAUUUGUUGAUUUCCAAAAGGUGCGCAUCCAGGAGACGCAGGGCGAGCUGCCGCGGGGCAGCAUUCCGCGCAGCGUGGAGGUGAUCCUGCGCGCAGAGGCCGUGGAGUCUGCCCAGGCGGGUGACAAGUGUGACUUCACCGGCUCCCUGAUUGUCGUGCCUGACGUGUCCCAGCUCUCCACACCAGGGUUACGCGCGGAAACCGGCGCGCGGGUGAUGGGGACGGAGGGCUACGAGAGCGAGGGCAUCCGGGGACUGCGCGCCCUCGGCGUCCGGGAGCUCUCCUAUAAGCUCGUCUUUCUGGCUUGUUACGUUGCCCCAACAAAUCCACGGUUUGGUGGAAAAGAGCUCCGAGAUGAAGAACAGACUGCUGAAAGCAUUAAAAACCAAAUGUCUGUGAAAGAGUGGGAAAAGGUUUUUGAAAUGAGCCAAGAUAAGAACCUUUACCAUAAUCUGUGUACCAGCCUCUUCCCCACUAUCCAUGGUAAUGAUGAAGUGAAACGUGGGGUCCUGCUGAUGCUCUUUGGAGGAGUUCCCAAGACCACUUCAGAAGGCACUUCAUUGCGUGGGGACAUCAAUGUUUGUAUUGUUGGUGAUCCAAGUACAGCCAAGAGUCAGUUUCUAAAGCACGUGGAUGAGUUCAGUCCCCGUGCUGUGUACACCAGUGGCAAAGCCUCCAGCGCCGCGGGUCUGACGGCGGCUGUGGUGAAAGAUGAGGAGUCCCAUGAAUUUGUCAUCGAGGCUGGAGCCCUGAUGCUGGCAGACAACGGGGUUUGUUGCAUUGAUGAAUUUGACAAGAUGGACGUGCGGGAUCAAGUAGCCAUUCAUGAGGCCAUGGAACAGCAGACAAUAUCCAUUACUAAAGCUGGAGUGAAGGCUACUCUGAAUGCCAGGACCUCCAUUUUGGCUGCAGCAAACCCAGUUGGUGGCCGCUAUGACAGAUCCAAAUCACUGAAACAAAAUAUCAACCUGUCAGCUCCUAUCAUGUCCCGCUUCGAUCUCUUCUUCAUCCUUGUGGAUGAAUGCAAUGAGGUGGUUGAUUACGCCAUUGCCCGGCGCAUCGUGGACCUGCAUUCCAGAGUGGAGGAGUCUGUUGACCGUGUCUAUUCCUUGGAUGAUAUCCGAAGGUACCUACUGUUUGCAAGGCAGUUUAAACCAAAGAUAUCCAAGGAGUCUGAGGACUUCAUAGUGGAGCAGUACAAGCGGCUGCGGCAGCGUGAUGGCUCUGGAGUGACCAAGUCAUCCUGGAGGAUCACGGUGAGGCAGCUGGAGAGCAUGAUCCGCCUGUCUGAGGCCAUGGCCCGCAUGCACUGCUGUGAUGAGGUUCACCCAAAACAUGUGAAGGAAGCUUUCAGGCUUUUAAAUAAGUCCAUCAUUAGAGUUGAGACUCCUGACGUCAAUUUAGAUCAAGACGAUGAACAGCAAAUGGAGGAUCAAGAGGACCAAGAUGGAGUCAAUGGUGAGGCAGAAGCUCCAGCUGGGGUCAAUGGACUCGUGAAUGGGAUCAACGGCCAUUCUGAGGAUGUGAGCAAGGAUGCUGCACCCAAAGCUUCUCUCAGGCUGGGCUUCUCCGAGUACCGACGGAUUUCUAACCUCCUGGUGCUGCACCUCAGGAAGGCAGAGGAAGAAGAGGAUGAUGCAGCACUAAAGAGAAGUGAACUUAUUAAUUGGUAUCUAAAGGAAAUCGAAUCUGAAAUCGACUCUGAAGAAGAACUGAUAAAUAAAAAGAGGAUCAUAGAGAGGGUCAUUCACCGACUUACACAUUAUGACCACAUUCUGAUCGAGCUGUCCCAGUCAGGACUGAGAGGAUCCAGAGAAGAGGAGAAUUUUGAUGAUGAUCCAUACCUGGUUGUCAACCCAAACUAUCUGCUGGAGGACUGAGGGCUGAGAAUGGCAUUCUCAGUAGAGCUGACUGGUUAUAGGCUGGAAAAUGCAUUCUUUUCUUGCAGGGGUUGCUGUAUGGCAAAUUCCUUAAAUUCCUAUGACUGUCCCAGAGUGUGGUCAGUAAUAAGUGAUUUCUCACUUACACUGAGCAGACCUGGAAAGCCUUUAAAGACAUGUCACACAUAUCUUAGUUCUGCUGUUAGCUCUGAAUUUCAGUGCCAUCGUCUGGAUGCAGAGGAGAAUCAUCCAACAGCUUUUUUCAUCAUCAAGCUAUGUAGAUGUUUCUGUUUUAAAUAAGAUUAAUUUUACAUUGUUCUUCUUUAGUAGACAUUUUAUGCUAUAGGUUUUUACUCUUUUUCUUAUUAACAUAAGUAAAAGCUCAUUAAAUGCUUGACAGUGGAUUUGUCAUUACUCACGUGUAAGAUUGCUGUUUUCUAUGCCUGUAGUUUGAGGCUGAACAAAAUAGUGAUCUAAAUGUUUAAUGUCUUUAGGAAGACCAGAUUUCUUGGAUGGCAGAUGCUCUUUUGAAGAAGUUUUUUUUAACUUCCUGUAAUAGACAAUGAGAAACUGAUUGCUCUCUUUCUUUUUAGAUGGACUAAAGAUGUGCAGGCUCCUGUUGUGUAUGUAAAGUAGAAAAUUGCCAAUAGCCAAACCCAAAGCAAGGCUUUAAGUCAGCAGGGCAGAAACCCCAACCUUGAUGAAAGUCUUGACUUGUAAGUGAAUUGAAAACUGCCACCAUUUGUGGAUUUUGAAUUUUUAAGACUAUAUUUGUAAACCUAUUUGUAGAUCUUUCUAUAAGAAAACUUUGCUUGAAUUUCUGUUCCCCCUUUUUUUUUUUUUACUGUAAACUACUGGAUUAUUAAAUAAUCUAUUAAGAAUUAAAAAUUACUGACUAUUUGUCUUGUUGACCGGAUACCAGCACCUAAGAAACAUUUAUAAUGCAUGAAAGAUAGCAAAAGUUACAUUUUUUAUUUAGAAAUAGUGUGAAAUAACUUUCUGAAGGAGGCUCAGGAGUGGAGCUGGUUUCUAAGGCAGUAUUCUUUUCCUGUUAGUGUCUCCCAGCUUUGGAGGGUUAUACCUUGGCCUUACUAAGCAUAUCAUUAAAAAUAACAGUUCUGUUUAAGGAGGAGAGGGAAUCAUAAAUAUUUGUCAUCAACACUACCCCAUCACUGAGCAUGAACUCCAACUGCAGUAACCUCCACUCAUUUCUUUCAUAAACCACAUUUUGGCAAAUUCUACAUUUCAUUAAAAAUAGCCACCCAGCUGCAACAACA